UCUUGCAGUAAAUUCUCUCUUUCUCGCUCUAAAAUUCCGAGAAACAAACAACACAACCCCAGAGAAAGGGAAAGAGAAAGAAGGAGGAAAUGGAGAAUGGAUCAAAGAAGAGAUGGGGUUUCCAAGGACACCAAGAGCUGAAUAUGGCAGCCGCCGUCACCAUAAGAGGAGUUCUAGGCAAAGUUAUGUCAAAUCUCAGUGAAGAAGAUAAAAGGCCUGUUAUUCCUCUUGGCCACGGCGAUCCAUCGGCGUUUCCCUGUUUCCGGACUACUCCGGUGGCCGAAGACGCCAUCGCUGACGCCGUCCGGUCGGCCAAGUUCAACUCGUAUGCCCCCACCGUCGGUCUUCUCCCUGCCAGGAGGGCUGUUGCAGAGUAUCUCUCUAGGGAUCUUCCAUACCAGCUAUCACCAGAUGAUAUUUAUCUCACAAUUGGAUGUACUCAGGCAAUUGAAAUAAUGAUACGAGUACUGGCACGCCCUGGUGCCAACAUUCUCCUACCUAGACCUGGCUUCCCAUUCUAUGAAGCCCGAGCUGCAGCUGACAAUCUCGAGGUCCGCCAUUUUGACCUUCUUCCAGAGCAGGGUUGGGAGGUUGAUCUUGAGGCAGUCAAAGCUCUUGCAGAUGAAAACACUGUUGCCAUUGUUAUCGUAAACCCCGGCAAUCCUUCUGGCAGUGUCUUCACAUAUGAACACUUGAAGAAGGUUGCAGAAACGGCAAGAAAUCUUGGGAUUAUGGUGAUUUCUGAUGAAGUUUACGGUCAUCUUGCUUUUGGUAGUAAACCUUUUGUGCCUAUGGGAGUGUUUGGAUCGAUUGUGCCUAUCGUUACAGUUGGUUCUAUAUCAAAGAGAUGGGUUGUUCCUGGUUGGAGACUCGGUUGGCUCGUGACAAAUGACCUCAAUGGCAUCCUUCACAAAUCUGGGGUUGUUGAGAGCAUUAUAAGCUGUCUCAAUAUUUCUUCUGAUCCCGCAACUUUUAUUCAGGGUGCAGUUCCAGAGAUCCUGGAGAAAACAAAAGAGGAUUUCUUCUCAAACACCAUCAGCAUACUUAGAGAAUGUGCAGACAUAAUUCAUGAGAGAAUCAAGGAUAUCCCCUGCAUUACUUGCCCGCAAAAGCCGGAAGGAUCCAUGUUUGUAAUGGUCAAGCUGAACCUGUCUCUAUUGGAAGACAUUGAUGAUGAUGUAGAGUUCUGUACGAAGCUGUCUAAAGAGGAAUCAGUGAUUGUCCUUCCAGGUGUAUCUGUGGGAAUGAAGAACUGGCUUCGGGUAACUUUUGCCAUUGAUCCACCUUCUCUCGAAGAUGGACUUGGAAGGAUCAAAGCCUUCUACCAGAGGCAUGCCAAGAAGGAAUAAAGACUUCAUCUCAGAUCAAUUCAAUGUUUGUUGAAUCUCAUGAUCUGUAAGGUGCUAAUAAACAUUAAACUGUCUGUUAUUGUAUCCUCAAAAGUUGAGGGAACAAUUCUAUUAAAUGUAUCGACUUCUCGGAACUUAAGAUCUGUGCUAA